CACCCGAACGUGCUCCACCUCUACGACUAUUUUGAAGAUAAGUGCGAGCAGGUGGCCUACAUCGUCACGGAUCUCCUCGAGGGCGGCGAGCUCUUCGACCGGUUGCUCGACAAGGUCAUCUACUCGGAGCACGACGCGCGGCAGGUCGUGCUCGUCAUGCUCGAGGCCUGCUCCUGGCUCCACGGGCGCGGCCUCUGCCACCGCGACUUCAAGCCCGAGAACCUGAUUUUGGCGAGCAAGGACGACGACACGACGAUCCACCUCGUCGACUUCGGCCUCGCGGCGCACGUCGACGACGAGCGGGCCAUGAAGUCGCAGUGCGGCACGCCCCAGUUCCUCGCGCCCGAGAUCGUCGAGGGCAACCCGCCCUACGGCCCCAAGACGGACUGCUGGGCCGUGGGCGUCAUCGCGUACAACCUGCUCCACGGGCUCCCGCCCUUCGACCCCUACAACGACAUGGACCAGGGCGCGCUCUUCGACGACAUCCGCCGAAACAACUGGAAGUUCGACCCCGUGACCUUCGACCACGUGUCGGACGAGGCCAAGGACCUCAUCGCCAAGCUCAUGACGAAGGACGUCGAAUCGCGGCUCACCGCGGAGCAGGCGCUCCUCCACCCCUGGUUC